AUGCAGGGCACCGACGACGGGGCGCCCGGGGAGGGCUCGGCCUGCCGACCGAUGGGCACGGGCCGUACCAGGGCACCUCACCGCCUGGUGGCCAGGGUCGUGCAGAGGCUGUGCGAGCGCGGCGCGCGGAACGUGCUGGCCUUCGGCUUCGCGCUGCUGGACGGGGACCGCGACGGCCCGCCGCUGGCCUUCACGACCAAUGUGCACAGCUACCUGCCCAACACAGUGACUGAGACGCUGCGCGGCAGCGGCGCGUGGGGGCUGCUGCUGCGCCGCGUGGGCGACGACGUGCUCACCCACCUGCUGGCACGCUGCGCGCUCUACCUGCUGGUGGCCCCCAGCUGCGCCUACCAGGUGUGUGGGCUGCCGCUCUACGACCUCUGCACAACGCCACACGCGGGCGGGGCCCUGACGGGCCUCGGACCAACCUGCCAGGCUUGGAACGGUGGCCGCAGGGAGGUCGGCAGACCCAAGGGCCUGCGGGCUCCCGGCGCUAGGCGGCGUCCGGGCGGCGCGGGAGGAAGUCCGCCUCAGGCCAAGAGGCCCAGGCGCGGCCUGGUCCUGGAGCCGGACCUGCCACCCGACAGGCAGGCGUCCCAGGCCCACCUGGGCAGGGCGCGUGGGCCGGGUGACGGCAGUCCCCGCGUGGUGACACUCACCAGAGCCACCUCGGAAGCCGCGUCUGGGGAGGGCGAGCCGCGCAGGACUUGUCGCCCCGUCAGGCCGCUGGGUCGCGAGCGCGAGGCCGGCUGCGACGGCGGCUCGCGGCGCCUGAUCCAGCUGCUCCGCCAGCACAGCAGCCCCUGGCACGUGUACCGGCUCUUGCGCGCCUGUCUCCACCGCGUGGUGCCCGCCGGCCUCUGGGGCUCCAGGCACAACGAGCGGCGCUUCCUGAAGAACGUAAAGAAGUUCCUCUCCCUGGGGAAGCACGCCAGGCUGUCGCUGCAGGAGCUGAUGUGGAAGAUGAGAGUGCGCGACUGCACCUGGCUGCGCGCCCGCCCAGGUGAGCGCGGGUGGCCGGCCCUCCGCCUGAGGCCCCCUGCCCUCGCAGCAGCAGGGCGCCCAAGGGUCCUUACUGCUGGGCAGUGGCUCCACUGCCUCCCACCCCGUUCCCAUCAUGGACUCGGGCAGGUUCUGGGCACUGGGGACGGGCAGAGGGGACACGAGAAGUUAGGACUGGCAACCGGAAGUUCCCAUGACCGUGCCUGGAGUCUGCUCAUAAUCCCUUUAUUCUGUACGCUCCUGUGCGGGCAGUCUCCACUGACGUUCCCCGUGUCCCGGAGGCCCGGGCUGGCGGUCACUGCGUCAGGCUCGUUGUGGCACCGUGAGAAACUGCGUGUCAGGCCCUUCGUGUUCGAAGACGUGCAGCAUUUCGAGAGGGUGCGGCUUCGGGAGCUGUCAGAGGCGGAGGUGAAGCUCCUGCAGGAGGCCCGGCCGGCUCCGCUGCUCUCCAGGCUCCGCUUUGUCCCCAAGCCCGGCGGAUUGCGGCCCAUUGUGAACAUGGGCUACGUCCUGGGCACCAGGACCAUCUGCAGGGACAAGAAGAUGCAGCGCCUCACCUCACAGGUCAAGACGCUGUUUGGCGCCCUCAACUACGAGCGCACGCGGCGGCCGGGCCUCCUGGGCGCCUCGGUCAUGGGCAUGGACGAUGUCCACCGGGCCUGGCGCGCCUUUGCGCUGCGUGUGCGGGCCCAGAGCCCGGCACCCCCACUCUACUUCGUCAAGGUGGAUAUGACAGGAGCGUACGACGCCCUCCCUCAGGACAGGCUGGAGGAGGUGGUGGCCAGCGUCAUCAGGCCCCGAGAACACACCUACUGCGUGCGCCAGUACGCCGUGCUCCAGAGGACCGCACACGGGCACAUCCGCAAGUCCUUCAAGAGACACGUGUCGACCUUCACGGACCUGCAGCCGUACAUGAGACAGUUCGUGCGGCACCUACAAGGGACGAGCUCGCUGAGGGACGCCGUGGUCAUCGAGCAGAGCUGCUCCCUGCACGAGCCCAGCAGCGGCCUCUUCGACAUCUUCCUGCGCCUGGUGCACGAGCACGUCAUCAGGAUCGGGGGCAAGUCCUACGUCCAGUGCCAGGGCAUCCCCCAGGGCUCGGUCCUGUCCACCCUGCUGUGCAGCUUGUGCUACGGAGACAUGGAGAGCAGGGUGCUCCCCGGGAUCCAGCGGGACGGGGUGCUUCUCCGCCUGGUGGACGACUUCUUGCUGGUCACUCCUCACCUGACGCACGCGAAGGCCUUCCUCAGGACCCUGGUCCGCGGCGUGCCCGAGUACGGCUGCCUGGCGAACCUGCCCAAGACGGUGGUGAACUUCCCCGUGGGCGACGGCCCGGGCGUGGCGGCCCCUCUGCAGCUGCCCGCCCACUGCCUGUUCCCUUGGUGCGGCCUGCUGCUGGACACCCGCACCCUGGAGGUGGCCUGCGACUACUCCAGUUACGCCCAGACCUCGAUCAGAGCCAGCCUCACCUUCAGCCAGGGCUUCAAGGCCGGGAGGAGCAUGCGUCGCAAGCUCUUCGGCGUCUUGGUGCUGAAGUGUCACAGUCUGUUUCUGGAUCUGCAGGUGAACAGCCUCCAGACGGUCUGCACAAACGUCUACAAGAUAUUAAGCCUACAGGCACCCAGGUUCCACGCGUGCGUGCUCCAGCUGCCCUUCAACCGGCCAGUCCGGGGCAACCCCUCCUUCUUCCUCCACGUCAUCCUGGACACCGCCUCCCGCUGCCACGGCCUCCUGAAAGCCAAGAACACAGGGAUGUCUCUGGGAGCGAAGGGAGCUGCUGGCCUGUUUCCUUCUGAACCUCAGUCCCCUACAGCCCGAGCACGGCUGGGCCGACAGCUCCCGGCGGCGACACUGGCCACCCUGCAGGCAGCAGCUGACCCAGCCCUGACCGCAGACUUCAAGACCAUCCUGGACUGACAGCCGGCCCUCCCGCAACCCGGGGCCUGGGCCCGGCCCCACCCCAGCAGGGCCCCUCAGAGGGUCUGGCCCCUGUGCCAAGACCCCAGCACGUGUCGGCUCCAGGAGGGGUCGGCCCUCCUACCUGCUGGUGACAGGUGCAUCCUUCAGCCACCAGGAGGAGCCGGUGGAGAACCUGGCUGGGGCGCUGGCGUCUGGAAGGGGGUUGUCGGGGGCCUUUGUCACCCCUUGCUGCAGGGGCACCCCAGUCCAGAGCAGUGGCCCAGGUGGG